AUGGCCAGUCCGCCGAAUAAGAAGCGCAAGACGCACCCGUCAGGCAACGAAGAGCAUCAAGCAACAGCGCAUGCCCCGCGAUAUGGCAAGCGGCUGGUCCUCUGCUCCCCAUGGCGAGCCUUCGUCGAACGCUAUCCGUUGCCCGACUCUCUGGAACCACCCUCAGCGCCUGUCCCCGAAAUCGGUCCGCCAUCGCAGGCCGAGUGGACGCCUGAACCUCCCCCCGCGGAUGAUGCACGUCAGCCCGUCGCCGUCGCAAUCCGUCCCUCGAAAGACCGUCCUGACGUCGUGCUCGACCUCACGUCCUUCUGCCCCCCUGCUGGUUCGCCCAAGUUUUUGUUGCCCGGAGAGGCGAAAGCCGUCGUGUGGCAAGACGGCACUGCCACUAAGCUUCCCUGGCUGCCCAAGCCCGACAACGCGAAGCAGAACUUGCUCGCAGAUCUCGCCUUCCACGUCAAGAAGCUCGCAGAAAUGGCCAAGCCGUCGACCGACGCCCCCUGGAUCGUCCACCUCAAGCGGUCCGACUUUGCCUCUGACUUUGAGCUGGGCCGACGCAUCCGUUCUGAGCUAGCACGCGGUUUUCCCGUCAUUCUGAAAGGCUACCCCUACGACCACGUCGACCUCACCGCUAAGGACCUUGAGGAGAAGUUAAACCUGGCUGUUAACCAGGUGCAAUGCGUCCACGAUAGUGCCGAGCGCAUGAUAGACUUUACCUACCCACACGUCGAGAUGACUCUAGAGGAUUUUAUCUCGGGGGUCGAGGAUAACGGCCGCAUCCAGUGCAUCUUAGACUGCCCCACAAUGGACGGGAGCAAGCCCAACCUCAUAAAAUACAUUGACGACGGCAGCGCUGCCUGGAUGAGGCUGCAUUGGGAGGCCCAUGAUCGUCGUCUCAUUCCCAUAGACGUCCAAAAGUCCACCUCCUGGCUCAUAAUGCACCAAGCGCUUUUCCACACAUUCUCGCAUCACGACGCAGAUGGCUUUGGAACGUGGACGCAGGUGCUGUCGGGGUACAAGCUAUGGGCGUUCGUCAAGCAUCGCAACCUGGACGGGUGCAGGACGUUUCAAGAGUACAGGGACGCCGUCGUCGACUAUUCCAACCAGACACGCGGGCCCCAUGGGUACUAUGGCUCGGAGUCCGACCGUUUCGUCGUCACUGCAGGGCCGGGCGACCUCAUCAUCCAACCUCCUGGGAUCUUCCAUGAGGUAUACACCCCCGUUCCCUCUGUCACCCUCGGCGGCCAUUUCUACAGUUACGACGCCGCCCAUCUGACGGAACUCACCCGUUCGUUCGGGUUCCAAACGAAUGGCUCGUUGACGAACCAGUCGCACGACAGUGCGUUAUUCACCCUCGAGAUGAUGGUUCUCGCGCUGCCCAAGAUUGAAGGCCGAGGCAGCAAGUCUAUUGCGGCGCUAUGCCGCAUGAUCUUGCGACCCAGGCAGUACACUGCCGCUCCUGCGUUGGAUCCGGAUGUGCUGAUGGCUAUCGAAGAUGCGGCUGCCAAACGAAAAUCGGGCAAAGAGUACUCGGUGACUACCGCACGCGCGAAAUCGCUGGCCAACAAUAUUGUCCAAGGGCUGGGCCUGCCCCAGCACGCGAGGCGAGGGAAAAAGGCAAAGGCGCAGGACGAGGGGGACUAUUUGUUUGACGAUGGGCGGUGGAGCGACCCUGGUGACGUCGUCGACCUCGGACCCAUCCUUCGGCCGUAG